AUGUCAAAGGGAACAGUUUUGAUUACUGGAGCCUCCAGUUUUGUUGGCGCCCAUGUUCUGGAGCAGUUUCUCUCCGAGGGUACUCCCGUUCGAGCAGUCGCUCGCUCUCAGUCUUCGGCAGAUCGCAUUCUUAAAGCGAAUGCUAAAUAUGCUUCGCUUCUAAGUUUCGCCAUUGUGCCAGAUAUUACGGCUCCGGGAGCCUUUGAUUAUGCCGUUAAAGAUGUCGAGGGAGUCAUCCAUAUUGCCUCUCCCUUCACCGUCAACAUCAAAGACAACGAGAAAGAUUUGCUUAUUCCUGCAAUCGAGGGCACUACUCAAAUACUGGAAUCGACCUACAAGUAUGCGCCCCAGGUGAAGCGAGUUGUCAUAACUGCCUCUUUUGCCUCUAUCUUCGAUCUGUCCAAAGGAAUCCGCCCAGGCUAUGUAUACUCUGAGAAAGACUUCAACCCGGCUACUUAUGACGAAGGCAAGAACGGAAGCGGUAUCUUCGCUUAUUGCGCCUCCAAGGUACUCGCCGAGAAGGCGGCCUGGAAGUUCGUUGAAGAAAAGCAGCCCCGGUUUACCGUCUCUGUCAUCAACCCACCUGCUAUCUACGGCCCUAAUCACCACUACAUCGACAAUCUCAGCGAGCUCAACACUUCAUCCGGCAUGUUUUACUCUCUUAUGAACGGCUCCCUUGCUGAAGUACCACCAACUACGACCUGGGCUGUUGUUGAUGUGCGAGACGUUGCCCGUGCUCAUAAGUUGGCUUAUUAUAAGCCCGAGGCAGGUGGCCAGCGAUAUCUCACGACAUUAGGAAGAUUUAGUUUCCAACAAAUUUGCGAUAUCCUGCGAGAAGAAUUCCCCGAGCUUCGCGACCGUGUCCCAAUCGGCAAUCCUGGGGAGCCCUUGCCCGACGUGUACGAUGUGGACAACACCAAAGUGAAAUCAGAGCUGGGCAUAGACUUUAUUUCGCUGAGACAAAUGGUUAUCGAUACUGCCAAAAACCUUUUGGACAUCGAAAAACAAAUUGCCACAUCUGCUUAG